CUAAAAGCCUCCCCUUGUCUCUCUUCCUCUCCCUGCAACCAAAUACAGAACAGAAUAUACAUUCAUGCUCUUCCCUCUUCUUCUUCUCCAAAACCAUUCUAAUUAAUUAAAUCAAAACACACUAUAAAAUUAUAUUCUUUUCUUCUUCUACCCCCUCGCACUAAUUUAUCAAAACCCUAACACAAGAUGGUGAAGGUGCGAAUGAACACCGCCGAUGUAGCCGCCGAGGUUAAAUGCCUCCGGCGCUUCAUUGGAAUGCGGUGCUCCAACGUCUACGAUCUUUCUCCGAAGACCUACGUGUUUAAGCUGAUGAACAGCAGUGGAGUUUUGGAAUCUGGGGAGAGCGAGAAGGUUCUACUGCUCAUGGAGAGUGGCGUGAGAUUGCAUUCUACUAUCUACAUGCGUGACAAGAGCAACACGCCUUCUGGUUUCACUCUCAAAUUGAGGAAGCAUAUUCGUACCCUGGAGAAAAAAGAGAAGAAGAAGAAGAGGAAGUAUCAGAAGAAGAGGGGAACACAUGGCCAGAGUUUGUGCACACGUNAAUUUAUGCUCAGUUAUGCAUCGUUCUCAAUGGUACCUUUCACUCUUCUUUAA